CACAUAGUUACAACUGAAAAAAAGGUUUCUUCUUCGCCGCAAUCCUUUCUCCAGCAGGCCGCAAAGCUUCUCUACUAUGGUGAAUUAGUUCUCAAGAAUCUCUCUUUCUAUUAUUGUAGAAGAUGUAUUCCAAUGUGAGCUCAAGGAAGGGUAAAAUUCAUACCAGCGUGAAGCGUAGACCAGUGAAGUUGACUAUAAGAAGGGAUGCAGUUAAAACCCAAGAAUCUGAUAAGGAAGAUAGAAGAGGUAGUAAGAAGACUUCUUUUCGUAGAAACAAUGAUGAUUCAUCCAAUGUUGUUUACUCUGAUGGGUAUAUACGUAGAAAAGAAAAUAAUAAGGGUUUUAUGCCAGAGGGGAAAGAGAGGUCACAGAGUUAUAAAAGUCAUAAGAGGGAUUAUGGGGAAGAAGAUGGGAAAUUUGAGUCUAGGAAUUUGGAUCGUAAAAGAAGAAGGGAUUUUGAUGGUCCGGAGAAGGGAAUGGAAAGACAUUCUUAUGGGGAGGAAAGGAGUGAAUUUAGAAAUGGACGUGUGAAGGGAAACUCGAAGCCCUUUGAAGCUGGGACAAGAUCAAAUGAUAAAUUUGAACGAUUUAGUUACAAGACAUCAGAGAGGAGAAAUGGAUAUGAUGGUUCCGAGAAGGGAAAGGAGGAAAGGAGUGAAUUUAGAAAUGGACGUGUGAAGGAAAUGAGAACCAUGAAAGAAAAGUCUGGUGGUCUAUACCAACAUAAGAACUCGAAGCCAUUUGAAGCUGGGACAAGAUCAAAUGAUAAAUUUGAACGAUUUAGUUACAACACAUCAGAGAGGAGAAAUGGAUAUGAUGGUCCCGAGAAGGGAAGGGAAAAGCAUUCUUAUGGGCAGGAAAGAAGUGAGUUUAGAAAUGGAAGUGUGAGGGAAAUGAGAACCAUGAAAGGAAAGCCCUUUGAAGCUGGGACAAGAUCAAAUUACAAAUUUGAACGAUUUAAUUUGAAGACAGAGAAGAAAAAUGGAUAUGGUAAAUUUGAAAAGAGUAAUGGAACUGAUUUCAGGAGCAACAAACAAAAAGAUGAAUUUGCUGACAAGUAUACGAUGAGAAACAUGAAGGUGAAGAAAACGUCUGGUAUUGACUCAACAGAAGAUUUCCGCCCUAGGAAAAAGAAGAAACUUAUGAAGAUUGAUCGAUUUGAUAUCAGCAAUAAAAAGAUUGUUGAUAACAUAGUUAGCGAAGGAAAUACCAAUAAGGGCAAAAAAGAUGUAGAGGAAAAUACUCAAAUAUCAAAGAAUGCACAGUUUCGUGCAAUUAUACCAAGCCCCUCAAUACUCUCCUUUGUCGAAGAUAAUUUAUUAGGACGAAGGAGAUUGAAUGAUUUACGUAAAGCAGGGUACAAUCGCGAGCUUUCUGCGCCAUUAGAUAACAUCCCUUCCUCCACGAGUUUAGAGAGAGAGCGAAUUGAAGAUCCGAUUUUUAGAAAUAAGUUGGAUUUCUUCGCUGCUGCAAAAGUUUCUUCGUCAUUUCCUCCUCCCAAUCUUCCAGAAGUCGCGUUUGCUGGGAGGUCGAACGUUGGAAAAUCAUCCUUACUAAAUGCCCUUACCAGACAGUGGGGUGUUGUGCGGACAUCUGAUAAACCUGGCCUUACCCAGACUAUCAAUUUUUUCAAUCUCGGAACAAAGCUCUGCUUAGUUGAUUUGCCCGGUUAUGGUUUUGCCUAUGCGAAAGAUGAAGUUAAAGAAUCUUGGGAGGAACUUGUUAAGGAAUAUGUGUCAACACGUGUUGGUCUGAAACGUGUUUGCCUUCUUAUCGACACAAAGUGGGGGAUGAAGCCUAGGGAUUAUGAGCUAAUCGGUUUGAUGGAGAGAUAUAAAACAAAGUACCAGAUUGUCUUGACUAAGACAGACACGGUCUUCCCUAUAGAUGUGGCACGCAGAGCAACACAAAUAGAAGAGACACUCAAGAAAAACACAUCUGUAGUUCAACCUUCGGUAAUGGUAAGCGCGAAAUCUGGAGCUGGCAUCCGCAGUUUAAGAGCGGCUCUUACUAAGAUUGCCCGGUUUGCGAAAAUGUAACUUGUUGAAUGUUCAUUGAAUUCAAGCACCCAUCUUGCUUUUGCUUUAAUUCUGUAACAAUUUUUUCGACUGGCAUUUUAUCUAAUUUUUGGCAUUAAAUGAUAGUAUUAGUAUGUUAUGCUUAAUUUUAUCGGGUUAGUUUAAGUUGAAAGAGUAAUUGUUAUUUUUAUUU